GUUUUCCGGCAAACCAGACUUCCCAGACGGUGUUAAGUUCUGUUAAGUUCUUCAUUCGUGUUCGGUACGCGUUCGUUUUCAGUCAAUAUUGGGAUUUCGGGCGAUUCGCCGUAGUAGUUGCGACUUCGUCUGGUAUCGAACCGUUUUGCCGGCACACACGGGGUGUUGUUUCCUGGUUUAGGGGUGGAUUUGUCCAAGUUGAUUCUCAGUUGAAUAGUGAAAGGAGAUAUUUAAGAUUCAGAUCAAUAUGAACGGGUUAAAUGGACACCAGAAUGGUGAGUCGAAUGGUUGCGGCGACAUUAUCGCGCAAAACCAGUUGAAGGGCUGUUGGACCAUUGGGCUGAUUAACAGCAAGUUCCGUUAUCUAACAGCGGAAACUUUUGGCUUCAAAAUUAACGGCAAUGGCACAUCUUUGAAGAAGAAGCAGAUCUGGACCUUGGAGCCUGAUGCCAAUUCAUUCGGAGAGAGUCUCAUCUACUUGAGGUCUCAUCUGGAUAAAUAUUUAGCCGUUGAUUCCUUCGGGAAUGUCACUUGCGAAAGCGAGGAAAAAGACCCGGGCAGCAAGUUCCAGAUCAGCGUAGCUGAAGAUGGCACUGGACGUUGGGCUUUGCGAAACGUUGUCAGAGGGUAUUUCUUGGGAGCCUCCGCGGACAAACUUACCUGCACAGCUAAAGUACCUGGAGAUGCGGAAUUCUGGCACGUCCAUCUGGCUGCACGGCCUCAAAUGAACCUUAGAUCAGUCGGCCGGAAGCGUUUUGCUCAUCUUUCGGAAAGUUUGGAUGAAAUCUACGUGGAUGCCAACAUCCCUUGGGGCGAAGAUACUUUAUUCACCCUGGAGUUCAGGCAGGACGAAGGCGGAAAAUAUGCCAUCCAUACCUGCAACAACAAGUACUUAUCUCUAACUGGUAAACUGGUGGACACUUGCAAUAAGGACUGCCUGUUUUCGGCCGAAUAUCACAGUGGUCAAUUAGCACUCAGGGAUAGACAGGGGCAGUAUUUGAGCCCAAUCGGGUCGAAAGCUCUGCUCAAAAGUCGCUCGAACACUGUGACCAAAGAUGAGCUUUUUUCGCUGGAGGAUUCGCUGCCUCAGGCCAGUUUUGUUGCUGCUCUUAAUUCCCGAUUUGUGAGCGUCAAACAGGGUGUCGACUUAACCGCUAACCAAGAGGAAAUUUCGGACCAUGAAACUUUCCAAUUGGAGUUCGAUUGGAGUACCAAGCGAUGGUACAUCCGCACUAUGCAGGAUAAAUACUGGACUUUGGAAACUGGAGGAGGAAUUCAGGCUGCAGGGGACAAACGUUCUUCAAAUGCGUUGUUUGAUUUGGUCUGGCAAAAAGACGGAUCGGUGGCCUUCCGGGCAAAUAACGGCCGUUACAUCAUUACAAAGCGAAGUGGCCAUCUAUUUGCCAACAGCGACGUAAUAGACGACACCUGCAAGUACUUCUUCUACUUGGUGAAUAGACCGAUUUUGGUGCUCAAGUGCGAGCAGGGCUUUGUUGGAUACAAGGCAGCAGGAAAUCCGAAGUUGGAGUGCAAUAAAGUCACUUACGAAACCAUCAAAGUGGAAAGAGGCGAAAAAGGACUAGUGUACUUUAAAGGUCAAAAUGGUAAAUAUUGGCACAGUGACAGCGAAUCUGUAACCGAAGAUUCAGAUACACCAGAAGGCUUCUAUUUGGAGCUACGCGAACCAACACGUCUUUGCAUUAAAGACAGUGCCGGUCACUAUUUAACCGCCAGCAAGAAUGGAUGCUUUAGAUUGGGCGAUACUUCGAUAGAAAAUGCCACCCAAUGGGAAUAUUAAAAUUGCCAAUUUAACACCUGAAGAUUGGUCGAAGUCUGAUUUGUGCAUUCAUUUUGUAACUUUGCUGGUGGACUUUUAUGUCCUUAUUUAAAGGCUGUUACAUUUUAUAUCUUGGUAGAUGUCGUAACUGUUCAAGUAGCGUUCGCAAUUUAUUACAUGCUAUUCCUAUGGCUUUUGUUAAACAUAUUGCCAAUAUUUAUUACACUUUUUUUCAGUAUCAUAUUCAUUAUUUAUUUGGCCAUUUUUAGCAGUUUUAGAUUCUUUAAACCAAAGUGGGUUUAUUAUUUCGACACUUCCAAAGUCACUUUUCUCAUAUUGAUUUCUAAUCGUCUCAUUCCCCACAUAAAUAUUUAUUUGUUAUUAUAUUAUCGUUGAUUAAGUUGCAAGUUUCCUAUUUAGGUUUUAAUACUGUGUCGUUUUGUGAUUUCUCGUACUAAACUACCGCAAAGCCAAACAUUCGAUAAACUGCCAAAAAACCUGGCCUUACUGUACUUACAUUUUGAUACAACAAAUAUUUUAAAAUUAGCGUUUUUUCAAAACUCAAGCGGUUACUUACUGUAUUAAAUGGUGUUUAACCCGAAUCCUUAAUGUCCUGAGGUUUAGUAUUAAUAUUAAGGUGCAUGUAUAUAAUAAGAUAGUUGCAAGUUGACUAUCAACUGAAAGUUACGUUCUAAUAUUUUAUUUAUAUUAUCCAGUGGUGGUUGAAAAGUACGUGCAUUACUUAUACCUAGUUAAAUAUCGGUGGCGUAUUUCCAGUUUUGUUCACUUGGAAUUUAUCCCCAAAGAGCUAUGGUUUUAUUGAUUAGGGUCGAAUGUAUAAAACCGACAUUUCCUUGUUUGCACUCUUAAAUAUUUAUUGGGUUCAAUCAAUCAUUUAAAACACGUAAUAUUUUAGUGUUUUAGUUCCUUACUAAAUUUCAGUUUUAUAAUUUUUGCUUUCUGUUGAUACAAUAGGCCACUGUUUAAUGCAAUAGAAAUUAUGUAUAAUUAUAUCGCGUCAAAAGUAGCCCGUCUUUACAUAUAAAAGAUGUGUUGCUUUUGAUACACCUUGUACAAUCAUACGUUACAACCGGAUACUGUGCAUUUAUUGUAAGAAUUAUACGCUCAAGAUUGUAUACCUUUUUUACGUAUCGCUUAAAUAAAAGGUAUUUUCCGAGCGCAAUAUUUAUAAUAUUUAGCGUAUUUUUUAUAGCUUUUUCAUAAUAAGGCAUUUUUGCGUGGGUAUGUUAUAUAAGCGUCCUUUUUGUAUGAUAAAUAUGUAGUGAGUUAUAAUUAAAUAUAUAGUUAGAGAGUAUGUGA